GGUUCAGGAAAUAACACAAAUGGGCACAGGCUGCUAAAGGUAGAUGUUCCAGAGUCUGUCUGAGCCAAGCAGCAAUUGACAGUAUGUGUGUAGGCUAGAUCAACAGGAAGGACAGUACGGUCAUUGAAGUUCAAGUGAAACCCAGGUGUAAAGGAGACUACACUCUGCCAGAAUGACAGAUGCUCAGAAUUACUCCAUGCCCACAGAGUCUCAGGAUGCCCUGAACUCUAACCUGCCACCCCCUUACCCCCAUGGGGAAACUCAAGUGGACCCCAUGCCACCAUACAUACCACCGCCCUACUCUGCAGCUCCAGCCAUGUAUCCUCCAUCCCCCUACCCCCCAGUCCUGUACCCACCACAGGCAGGGGUAGACAUGGAAACUCUCCCCCCUGGAGAGUGUAACCCUUUGGGAGAGCCAGGAUCGUCUUCACCAGAGGCAGACGCCGCCCUAUUGGUGUCAUCUUUUGAUGACAAGACCAUAAGGAAGGCGUUUAUCAGAAAGGUGUUCAGUGUCGUGACCCUGCAGUUGCUGGUGACCUUCAGCAUCGUGUGUGUGUUCACGUUCUCCAGUGUGGUGAGGGCGGCAGUGCAGAGCAACAUCUGGAUCUACCUCAGCUCAUACAUCCUGUUUGCUGUGGUGGCCAUCUCCCUUAGCUUCUCCAAUUCCUUCAGCAGAAGCCAUCCCUGGAACCUGGUGGGACUGUCAGUGGUCACUCUCACCCUAUCUUACUUGGUCGGCACUGUGGCCUCAUUUCACAAUACCACUGCUGUAGUCAUCGCCAUGGGAGCAACAGUGGCGAUCUCCUUCACCAUCAUCAUCUUCUCAGCCCAGACUCGAGUGGACUUCACAAUUUGUAAUGGCAUCCUGCUGGUGCUGGCAGUGGACCUUCUCAUGUUCAGCUUCUUCUGCUGUUUCUUCUACUCCAAUGUGCUGCAGAUAGUCUACGGAUCUCUGGGAGCCCUGCUCUUCUCACUGUUCUUGGCGAUUGACUGCCAGCUGGUGAUGGGCAGGCAGAAGUACGCUCUAGAUCCAGAGGAGUAUGUGUUUGCUGCCCUGAUCCUGUACCUGGACAUCAUUAACAUCUUCCUCUAUCUGCUCAUCAUAAUGGGAGGCUCCAGCAAAUAGUCAACACCUGGCAGAAACCUACAAUGACACACAUAUGUAGCUAUAGUCCGUAGCACUCCAAACUAGAGCUGGGCAAUAUUGACAAAAAUCCAUAUCGCGAUAAAUUGCAUGAAUUGAUGCGAUAACGAUAAAUAAAAUGAUACGUUUAUAACAAUGUG